GAGUUUUCUGUCCGCGUGUCUCUGACAUGAAAACUGCGUGAAGCUUCAGACUGAGCGCGAGACCUUCAGGACGUCCACCAGUGUCACAGCGUCUGGAGGCGGAGUCAGAUUGACCGGGCCGUGUAGUGGGCGGGACUUCCUCUGAGCAGAGGACAAGAUGCUGCUGACUUCCUGCUCCGCCCCCUGCAGCUACACCUGCCUCUGGUGCUUCCUGGUUAUCCUGACGGCUCCUCCUGCAGCUCUCGGGGGCGACCAGACGGAGCCCUGCGCUGGUCGGGACUGCUCCACUUGUCAGUGUUUCCCAGCCAAAGGAGCAACGGGUGCGCCAGGUCCUCUGGGGAGGCAGGGACCUCAGGGGCCCCUGGGCUUCCCGGGCCCCCAGGGGCCUCCAGGAGAGAAGGGCCAAAGAGGAGACGAGGGGCCGACAGGAGCUGGAGGACUGAAAGGAGACUCGGGAAGUGUCGGCGUUCCUGGUUUUCCGGGUUUAGAAGGAGUCCCGGGUCACCCGGGUCCCGCUGGAGGUCCUGGGUUUCCAGGACUGGACGGAUGUAAUGGAACCAGAGGAGAGAGAGGAGAUCCUGGACUUCCUGGAGGACAAGGGACUGAUGGAGAACCGGGUUUUCAAGGACUGAAGGGAUUUAAGGGCGACCCGUCGUUGUACUUCGUACAGUAUCCUGGAAUACCUGGGGACAUCGGGCCCAGUGGACCUACAGGUUGGCAGGGUGAACCGGGUCCCUCUGGUCCGACAGGAGUUCUGGGUCCUGCAGGACUGGACGGGACCAACGGUCUCCCUGGUCUGCCCGGCCUCAGGGGUCUACCUGGGGAAAAAGGUCGAUCUCUGCCGGGACAGAAAGGAGACGAGGGGGAUCAGGGCCUUCAGGGCCAACCGGGGCCGUUUGAGUACGUCGACCCUCCAGAAGACCUGUACAUUAAAGGAGAACAGGGUGACCAGGGGCUUAAAGGAGUCUGUGGAGGUCAAGGACUGCCGGGUUUGGAUGCUCUGCCAGGGAUCAAAGGAGAGAAGGGGAUUGUGGGAUUUCCUGGACCCAGGGGAUUUUAUGGUAACCCUGGUACGUCUGGAGAGAGAGGAUUCAAAGGGAUUCGAGGAAUACCAGGUCUCCCAGGUCUGAUUGGGCGAGAAGGUUCUAAGGGCAUGAUGGGAGAUGCCGGUCCUAAAGGCCUCCCUCAGGAUGUGGAAAUGACACACACAGGUGACAUUGGAGACCCCGGGGCCCCCGGAAUGAGGGGCCCUCCAGGAAACAUUGGGCUGAUGGGAAUGCACGGCCCCCCAGGAGGCCCCGGCAGAUCCAUACGUGGUCCGGCAGGUGUUGUGGGUGAGAGGGGAGUUCAAGGAUCCAGAGGGAAUAGAGGAGAUCCGGGUCUGGUUUAUAAAGACCGACCCACACCUGGAGAACCUGGAAAACCAGGAAGCCCCGGACCCAUAGGACUAAAAGGAGAAACGGGGAUUCCAGGUAGAUACUGUUUUCCUGGAGCCCCAGGAGAGUCUGGAGAUCCUGGUGAUCAGGGGCCCCCAGGGACUCAGGGCUUCCUAGGGUUUAAAGGCAGUAUUGGAGACUGUGCCCGUGGCCCCCCAGUUGUACUGAAGGGCCCCCCGGGCACUGUGGGUGACCGGGGGUCUACGGGACUUCCAGGAGCCACAGGGGCCCCGGGGCAGAGAGGAGAGAGAGGUUUACCUGGAGAUACAGGAGUGCGCGGACAACAGGGUUUGGGAGGUUUUCCCGGUGUUGAAGGGUUCAAAGGUCAGAAGGGAGAUUUCAUUGUGGUAGAUUUUAAAGGUGAGAAAGGAAACCGGGGCCAGCAGGGCCCUGCAGGCAGACGAGGAUUCUCAGGGAGAAGGGGACUUGAUGGGUCCCUGGGGACCCCUGGAGACCCCGGCCCACAGGGUGAAAGUUUUGCCAGUUUUCCUGGAGAAACCGGCCUCCCUGGAUUCUCAGGGCCAAAGGGAUUAUCAGGACCUUCAGGCCCCAUGGGGCGAGGUGUAGUCGGAGCAGUAGGACAGCGUGGGGCCCCUGGGGACUCAGGACCCCAAGGACUUACUGGCCCCCUGGGGCCGAAGGGGGUUAGAGGUGACACUCUGCCCUGUGUGCCCAGAAACCCUGGAGCCCCUGGAGAAAAAGGAGACACUGGAAAUGCAGGUUACACAGGACUCCCGGGACCUCCAGGAUUUCGUGGCAUCACUGGACCUGAUGGAACUAAAGGAGACAAAGGACGUUUUGGACUUCCUGGUCUACCUGGACGACAAGGACCUCCAGGUUUUGUUGGAGAUACCGGAGAAGAAGGACCUGAAGGCUUCAGUUAUGGUGGAGAUCCAGGCUCUUCGGGGCUCCCAGGCUCUCCUGGACUCAGGGGCCCAGCAGGAGACUCUGUUGUCGGGCCCUCAGGACCCAUCGGCUUCCCGGGGCGACUGGGCUCUCAGGGACCUAAAGGAGUCCCUGGCCCCCCCGGCAACAACGGACUACAAGGACUCCUGGGUCUGGCUGGAGGGCCCGGAGCGCAGGGCCAGAGAGGACAGGAUGGGGCCCCGGGUAUAACUGGCCCCCAGGGGCCCAAAUCCAACCUCUGUGAUGCAGGAAAACCUGGAGACGGUGGCCUUUAUGGCCCUCAGGGAUCCAUAGGACCCCCAGGUUUUUCGGGGGAGAAAGGUGAGAUCGGGGAGUUGGGUCCUCCAGGUUUUGGCCCUCAAGGCCCUAAAGGAAAACCGGGCACUCCAGGUUUCCCGGGGAACCCGGGGUCGCAGGGCUCUUCUGGCCCCAGUGGAGACUCAGGACUGCCGGGGACUGACGGUCAGAAAGGUCUGAUGGGGCCCCAGGGCCAGGAUGGAUGGCUGGGUGCCCCUGGACAGACUGGGGCCCAUGGAGCACUAGGGAGGACGGGGGAGAGAGGGUUCAACGGCCAAGACGGAGGUCCAGGAAUUGAGGGUCCCAAAGGAGAGCAAGGCUGUAAAGGGACCCCAGGGCCUCCAGGAGAGACCAAGAUUGUGCCCAUCAAAGGGGAACGAGGAAAGGAUGGACCCUCUGGCAUCCAUGGCUUUCCUGGACCACGAGGAAGUAAAGGUGCGCAAGGAGCUACCGGUAGGCAGGGGUAUCUAGGCAUCAACGGACCCCUAGGCAUCGUAGGACUCCCCGGACCCCCAGGGCCCUAUGGCCAAUCAGGACCCCCAGGACCACCUGGACGCACAGGAUCACUAGGAUUCAUCGGCUUCCCCGGAGAGACCGGAGAUCCAGGAGACCUGGGAUGUCCAGGGAAAGCUGGGGAACCCGGUCACCAAGGAUGUGCUGGAUCCAAAGGUGAUAAAGGAGACUCUGUUGGUGUUUCUGGUCCAACUGGAGACAAGGGGCCUUCUGGAGACUUCGGGACCUCAGGACCUCCUGGACCUCAAGGAGAUCCUGGAGGACCCGGUUUCAUUGGGGAUCAAGGACAGAGAGGAUGCAAAGGAGAUCCAGGCAAUCGGGGCGACCUGGGCCCACCAGGUGUGGUCGGUCCCUCGGGUCCCAGAGGUCGUUCAGGUCUUCCAGGUCUUCCUGGUAAAUCUGGUGUUGAUGGCCCUCCAGGACCACAGGGCUUCCCGGGACUCCAAGGUCCUCCUGGACCGCUGGGACUUCACGGACUGGACGGACUGAAAGGUGUAAAGGGGGACAUGGGGACCAGAGGUCUGGGGGUGCAGGGUCCUCCUGGUUCUAAAGGUCUUCCAGGUGAUAAAGGUCCUCAAGGUCCUCUGGGACCCAUUGGUUCAUCCCAGCCCGGCCCCCCAGGACCCACAGGCCCCCCAGGAGCCAAAGGACCACCAGGAGGGUUGGGACCUCCAGGUAAAUCUGGACCAGACUGUAUAGCUCCAAUCCCAGGACCUCGUGGAGAUCCUGGUUGUACUGGAACAGAUGGAGAGCCAGGGUGUGCUGGUGACAUGGGGGAUCCAGGUCAGAACUCUCCAGUUCCUGGAGAUGAUGGGGACAACGGGAACACAGGGUGCCCCGGGCCGAGGGGCCCAAAGGGAUCUCCGGGGCCCGAUGGACUGCCAGGCAUCCCCGGAAAUCCAGGAGUGAAAGGUAUAUGGGGGUCUUCAGGUCUGAUGGGACUACCUGGUAAUCGUGGUCCUAGAGGUUUUACCGGUGCCGGUGGGUUUCCAGGACCAAAGGGAUCUGCUGGACUGAUGGGUCCAAAGGGGGAAAAGGGACGAGUCUCCCCCUGCCCCACUUACCCUCCCCCAACACAGGGCCCCCCAGGAGCCCCUGGCCUCCUCGGUCAGCUUGGAGAUGUCGGCCUACUGGGAGAAAUUGGCCGGACAGGCCCAAAAGGUAGAAAGGGGGACAUCGGGUCUGAGGGACCGAUAGGCCUUGAUGGGACCCCAGGUCCGGAUGGAGACAGAGGAGACCCAGGCCUGCUGGGGGAGAGUGGAGUAGUGGGAAACGAAGGUGAUCCCGGUCCAAUCGGUGACCGCGGUCCUCCAGGACCAACUCAAAACUUGAACUCGGGCUUCAUGCUGGUGAUGCACAGCCAAUCAAAGAUGAUUCCCGCCUGUCCACUAGACAUGAGAGUCUUGUGGGUCGGAUACAGCCUGCUGUACCUGGAGGGUCAGGAGAAGGCUCACACUCAGGACCUGGGUCAGGCGGGGUCGUGUAUGCGGGUCUUUUCCACCAUGCCCUUCUCCUCCUGUAACAUGGGAACCUGCUCUUACGCCAGUCGUAACGACAAAUCCUAUUGGCUGUCGACGACGGCGGCCGUCCCCAGUAUACCAGUGGGCGGACCCUCCAUUGAAGAUCACAUCAGCCGCUGCGUGGUGUGUGAAGCCCCCUCCUCACCUGUCGCUCUGCACAGCCAGACCUCCAACCAGCCAGACUGCCCCCCCAAGUGGAGGAGCCUGUGGACCGGAUUCUCCUUCCUCAUGCAUACAGGUGCAGGUGACGAGGGUGGCGGCCAGUCUCUGACAUCCUCAGGUAGCUGUCUGACAGACUUCAGGGCACAGCCCUUCGUGGAGUGUCAGGGGCCUCGAGGAACCUGCCACUACUUCGCCAACAUCUACAGCUUCUGGCUGACCAGAGUGGAGGCGACCUCCUACGCCUCCGACAGCUCCUCCACCACGCUGACCGAGGGCUGGCAGCAGAGGGAGAGCAUCGGGAGGUGCAACGUCUGCAUGAGGGAGUGAGGAGGAGCACCGCUGCCUCCUCCUCCACCUGCAGAGCCUGAGAGGACGGACAGGACUCUCUGAGGGAAGAUAACGCUGCCAAUCAAUCAGUUGUGUUCAGAUCGUCAGAGAAGCACAAACUGUUUAAUUUUGUUAAAAAAACGUCACAGCAGACAGAUGAACGCGGGCUGUCAGUCAUGAUGUUUGAUCUCCACCUGGAUAUCAAUUCACUUUCUGAUUCAGCAGGUAAAACAACAUUUAGAUUUUAUUAUUAACUCUACUGGAAAAAUACAGAUUUCUUAAGCCCCAUUCAGACCAGUUUAUGUCUCUCCACGGGGCAUAUGUGACGUGGUAAAGUGAUCGACAGUGUGCAGGAUUUUUUUGUUCUUUAAAAAGACGAUUGCUAACAAGUGGCUUAGUGAGACUGAACGUCAUCACGCUAACAUUAUUCCGCAUAAAUAUGUAAUCUUAGUGUAGGUGACGUGAGUCAUGUGACCGUGCUGUAAUUUGUUCGUAGCUUUAGCUUUUUGCUUUUGGAGAUUUAAUUUACGCCUCAAAAAUCAUAAAAGUGCUGCUCAUUUGUAUAUUGCUGAACAAAAUGUGUAAGUACCGUAAACGUUUGUUUCCCACAGAAUUUAUUAUUGCUUUUGGUCAAUAAUCCAAAAUCCAAUGGAAAAAUCCCGUUGUUUUUUUUGUAGAGGGAACAAUAAUUUUAGGGUCAACCUAUAGAAAUAUGUCAUCCCUGUAGCUCUGUUUACCCCUGAGACUAGGGGCCGGUCCUGAGACUAGGGGCCGGUCCUGAGAGGCCGGUCCUGAGACUAGAGGCCGGUCCUGAGACUAGAGGCCGGCCUGUCCUGAGAC